AUGGCUCAGGAGGAAUGCAAAAUGCUAAGUGAUAAACUGUUAAAGUACAAAGGAACUGUCUUGACUGUGGAUAUCCGCCACGACACUACACCAGAAUAUAUUGACAGUUUACAGGAUUUUGAUACAAGAGACGAUGAUGUCUUUGUUGUGACCUUCCCAAAAUCUGGUACAAUAUGGACCCAACGGAUCAUGACCUUAAUAUACGAGGAGGAUUUCCCGGAGAAAGCCAACCAAAUCACAUAUGAGCAAAUGCCCUGGAUUGAGUAUCGGGAAAAAGGGAAAGAUUAUAACACACGUCCAUCUCCGAGACUCUUCUGUUCGCAUUUACUGGAGCCACUGAUGCCCAGAGCUCUCCAGAGGAAAGGAAAAAUCAUCUACGUUAUGAGGAACCCCAAAGAUGUCAUGGUGUCGUAUUUUCAUUUUGCCAACAAAUUGAAAAACCUGGAUUCUUCCAAGAGCUACGACGAGAUGUUAAAGAAAUUCUUUACAGGAUGCAUGGUGGGUGGCUGCUGGUUUGACCAUGUUAAGGGAUGGAUGACAAAUAAAAACAAAUACAACAUCCUGAUCCUGACUUAUGAAGAAAUGAUCAAGGGUAGUAAGCAAGGCAUCGGAUAUAGAAGCAGACAUGAUGGCCAUGCAUUGCCAGGCUGCUUCAGCCAUGGGCCUGGAGAUAGUUUAUCCCCAAUGCAGGACGAACAGCACGGCGAUGGAACGGUUGGAGACUGGAAGAACUCUUUAACUGUGGCUCAGAGUGAAUGUGUUGAUCGUGUCUUUGAAGAAAGAAUGAAAGACGUGCCUCUUAACCUGGUCUGGGACAUCUCACAACUACUGAAAACUUAA